CGUGCGGGCGGCGCGAUGCUGGUGACCCGCGGGGACCGCGGCGGCGGGGAGCGCGCGCCCUCCCGGCGCCAGCGCUGCGGGCUGGUUCCGGCCGGGGCCGCGGCGCUGCUAGCCGGGGCCAGCUGCUUGUGCUACGGACGCUCUCUGUGGGGCGAGUUUGUGCACGACGACGUGUGGGCGAUCGUGAACAACCCCGACGUGCGGCCCGGGACCCCGCUGCGCUGGGCCGUUUUCGCGAACGACUUCUGGGGCAAGGGCCUUGCGGACAGCACCAGCCACAAGUCCUAUCGGCCGCUGUGCGUGCUGUCCUUCAGGCUAAACAUAUUUCUGACUGGCAUGAACCCUUUCUACUUCCAUGCGGUGAAUGUCAUUCUGCACUGCCUGGUGACCCUCGUGCUGAUGUAUACCUGUGAUAAAACAGUCUUCAAGAACCGCGGACUGGCUUUUGUCACAGCCGUGCUCUUUGCGGUGCACCCCGUCCACACCGAGGCGGUGGCUGGCAUCGUGGGCAGAGCUGAUGUGUUAGCGUGUCUACUGUUCCUGCUGGCCUUCCUUUCCUACCACAGGAGUCUGGAUCAGGGCUAUGCCGGGCAGUGCUUCCCCCCGACGGCUUCUCCCUUCUUCCUGCUGCUCAGUCUGUUCCUGGGGACCUGUGCCAUGCUGGUGAAGGAGACCGGUGUCACCGUGUUUGGAGUGUGCUUGGUUUAUGACCUCUUCUCCCCCUCCCACAAGCAGGACAAAUUGAGCAAUGGGGUGAUCUGUCAGCACAGCUCACAGCAGCCUGGGAACCCCCAGGCCUCCUCUCAGCAUGGUCACCCCCACCGUGAGAGCAGAAAGCAGCGCCUCCCACACAAAGACACUUGGGGAGGCUGCCAUCCACCAUCGCCACCGGAGCCCAAGAGCAGCAGAUUCCCUGUGUCCCCCGGAGCAGUGUGGUCCCUGAUGAGGUGUCUGACCGGAAGCAGCAACAGCAAUUUCCUGCUUACCCUGAGACCGUUUUUAAAACGGGCCAUUUUGGUCGUCAGUUAUGUGACGGUCAUUCUGUAUUUCCGCCUGUGGAUAAUGGGAGGAACUAUGCCCCUCUUCUCCGAGCAGGACAAUCCAGCUUCGUUUUCGCCUCACAUCCUUACAAGGUUCCUGACCUACUCCUACCUCCUGGCCUUCAACGUCUGGCUUCUGCUGGCGCCUAUCACCCUGUGCUAUGACUGGCAAGUGGGCAGUAUCCCUCUGGUGGAGACCAUCUGGGACGUGAGGAACCUUGCCACCAUCCUUCUGGCGGUGGUGAUAUCCUUACUGAGCCUGCACUGCAUGGCAGCCUUCAAGAGGCUGGAGCACAAGGAAGUGUUGGCCGGCUUGCUGUUCCUCGUGUUCCCGUUCGUCCCAGCCAGCAACCUCUUCUUCAGGGUGGGCUUCGUGGUGGCCGAGAGAGUCCUGUACAUGCCUAGCAUGGGCUACUGCAUUCUGUUCGUGCAUGGACUGAACAAGCUCUGUGCCGGGCUGAGCCGGUGCGGGGCCGCCUCCCUGAUGGCGUCUACCGUGCUGUUGCUACUGCUUUUUUCCUGGAAAACCGUGAAGCAGAAUGAAAUUUGGUUGUCGAGAGAGUCCUUAUUCAGGUCUGGAGUUCAGACUCUGCCCCACAACGCGAAGGUCCAUUACAACUACGCCAAUUUCCUAAAAGACCAAGGUCGGAACAAGGAAGCCAUCUACCACUACAGAACCGCCCUCAAGCUGUACCCACGCCACGCAAGCGCACUCAACAACCUCGGGACGCUCACAAAGGACACGGCGGAGGCAAAGAUGUACUACCAGAGGGCUCUGCAGCUCCACCCCCAGCACAACCGUGCACUCUUCAACCUGGGGAAUCUCCUGAAGUCCCAGGAGAAAACAGAAGAAGCCAUCGUGCUGCUGAAGGAAUCCAUCAAGUAUGGUCCAGACUUUGCUGAUGCCUACUCCAGCUUGGCUUCCCUCCUGGCUGAGCAGGAAAGAUUUAAGGAAGCGGAGGACAUCUACCAGGCUGGGAUAAAGAAUUGUCCAGACAGCUCAGACCUACACAACAACUACGCGGUUUUCUUAGUUGACUCUGGCUCUCCAGAGAAGGCUGUGGCCCACUACCAGCAGGCCAUCCAGCUCAGCCCGAGCCAUCACGUGGCUGUGGUGAAUCUGGGCCGACUCUACAGGUCCUUGGGAGAGAACAGCAUGGCAGAAGAGUGGUACAAACGUGCCCUGCAGGUGGCCCGCACGGCUGAGGUCCUGUCGCCUUUGGGAGCACUCUACUACAACACUGGCCGACACAAGGAGGCCUUGGAAGUGUACCGGGAAGCUGUCUCCCUCCAGCCCUCCCAGAGGGAUCUCCGCCUGGCCCUGGCACAGGUUUUAGCAGUGACGGGUCAGACCAAAGAAGCAGAAAAGAUGACCAGUCGCAUAGUGUCCGAGGAACCCCAAUGCCUGGAAUGCUACCGCCUGUUGUCAGCAAUCUACAGCAAGCAGGAGCACCAUGAGAAGGCACUCGAGGCCAUAGACAAGGCUCUUCAGCUGAAGCCCAGGGACCCGAAAGUCGUAUCCGAACUCUUCUUCACAAAAGGAAACCAGCUGAGAGAGCAGAACCUUCUGGACAAAGCUUUUGAGAGCUAUGAGGCUGCUGUGACCCUGGACCCCGACCAGGCACAGGCAUGGAUGAACAUGGGUGGCAUCCGGCACAUCCAGGGAAGCUAUGUGUCUGCAAGGGCCUUUUAUGAGAGAGCCCUGAGGCUGGUUCCAGACAGCAAGCUGCUGAAGGAGAACCUGUCCAAGCUGGAUCGCCUGGAGAGAAGGUUGCAAGAAGUCCGAGAAAGGGAUCAAACGUAGCCCCAAGGACACACAAGUCACUGUGACUCUGCGGGCUGGAAGAAGGCAAGAGGGAGGCUGCACACACUGUGGUCCCCGCCAGCCAGCCAGUCCCCUCCUGGUGGCACCCAGCGGGAGACAGCUGCUUCCUUGACAAACAGCGAACAGGGAGGGGGGCCAGGCAGUCUGCAGGGAAGGGAAUUAGCGUGUGCACUUCACAGGCUCCUCCCGUGUCACACUCCCAGCCCCCAGGAUAAGGAACUCCAUUCGUACUGCAGCCCAGAAACACAGAAGCUUGCAGUCCUGUAGGGGAGACAGCUGUGGGUAAGGAGGGCUGCAUCCUCUGAAGCCCUUGGGGGGAAAUCUACUCAUGGAAGUUCAGUCAGUUCUCAAGAAUCCAGAGUGGGUGGUGAAGAGAGGCUUUCCGGAAGGCACUGGGGCAGAGCACUUGAUCGACUGGGCCUGGUCUAAUAGCCCCCAAGAGUGUCACUGAGGACCUUUGGAGAAGUACAUUCAGUUCCACUCUCAUAGACAUGUUUUUUUUUCCCAGUGCCUAAAACACAAAGGGAUCUUCUAGAAUCGUAUGUGGGUAUCUUUAUCUCUACAGUGAAAAGCUCCCUGAGCAGUUUUUAAAAAAAAAAGCUCAGCAUCCUUGAUUAGUUAUGGGAAUGUUUUUUUAAGUGUUUGAAUUGUAUUCCAGGUCUUGCUAGAGCUGUGUCUCCACUCUGAGACUUCUCAGUGCAUUAGCCAGGAGACUGCCUGCCGCCACCCUGAAACAUACUGCUUGGGUGUGGAGCCGCGGGGUGCAGGGUGCACUCGGCCUGGAAACGUUAGAGGCCCGGUCCAGAGAGGUGUUCUCCUUUAUUCUCUUAAGGUCAAGACGUCGUGAGAUUUAUUAUUUUUGAAAGAUAUAUUUGAGCACCCAGGAACCUUCACAUUGUGUCGCAGAAUUCCUCCAGGACUGAGUUGGGGAGGGAAGAGAGCUCUAUUUACUGACUUGAGGGUUAGUGGGAAUUGUGUACUUAAAAGACAAGUGAACUUGUAAGUUUCCAGACUCCACGGAGAAUGCUCUGAAACUCUGUGGUAAAGUCUAAAUUCAUAAUUUUUUAAAAAUAUAUUUAUAUUUAAAAAUGGGGAAGGCAAAGUUGAAAUCAUAAUUUGACAUUAUUUUAGUGUUAUUUAUUGUAUAACUUAUGAAAUAUUUAAUAUAUAUACAUAUAUAUAUAUCCACAAGUCUGCUUUUUUCCCCCUCUGUGCAUAAUCAUUUUGAUAGCAGCUGCCAAAACCAAUCAUAUGAAAACCGUCAAAGGGAAAGCUUUAACACUCUCCCCUGAAUUGUCCUGGUUAUUAAUUGCCACUUGAAGCUAAUGGAAUUAGGGGGUCAGUUCAGUGUUUGGGUGUCAGCUGGAGCACCUGCUUCUAACUUACCACUGAAAACAAAAACCCGGAGGGAAUGCACUUUCUGAUGCUGAGCCGGCUGUCACACAACCAUGACAGCCAGAAAGCAAAAUGUCUGACCUGUACAGCCAGGCCGGAGGGAGAGCCCUCUGUUCCUUGCAACCCAACAUCGGCAUGCAACACCUCUAUGUGUUAUUUUUUUUUCUGGCAGGUAAGUUGAAAUAAACAGCUGAAAACUUACUUUAAAAGGCAUGGGUAAAGCCAGGUGGUGGCGGCGGCGGCGGCGGUGCACACACCUUUAAUCCCAGCACUCGGGAGGCAGAGGCAGUCGGAUCGCAGUGAGUUCAAGGCCAGCCUGGUCUACAGAGCCAGUGCCAGGACAGCCAGGGCUGCACAGAGAAAUCCUGGCCCCACCCCCCAAAAAAAGGGGGACUUGACCCAGCGCACACCUACUCUUUAGGGCCAGCCAGUAUUUGUCACUGUCACCUGAUGUAUGCAAUCGUCUGUCAGUGUUGCAUGUCAUAAGUUGAUCCGGAAUCUUAAUUUCUUCUGUCUAAGAAAUAGCAUCUUUAGUACCAAGAUCAAAAGUAUGUGCUACAGCAUUUAUUAUAAAAAAAACAAUCCCAGGCCCCCUCAUUUGGAAAGCAGGGGUCCUUAGCAACAUCUUAGUACCACAUUUUAGAAUAGCAUUUACCAAAACGGGUGCGUUGAAGACCAAUGGGACAGGUUGAAAUGCAGGGUUUGACGAAACUUUCCCUCGUGUAAAGUGCUGCAGAGGGUCUCAGUGUAAACUUGUUAGAAUGACUUAAAAAGGCAAUUACAACAUAAACGUUUCUGAGGAGAAAAAGCCACAAGUCGUCUAGGAGACUGCGGCUUCGGGCCCCUCUCCUUUCUCGUCUGUCUGCCCAUUUUGGCAUCUCCCGGAGCAGUAAAAACAAAGCACUGCUUAAAAAGAAAAACAAAGUCAGCCUGCUUUGUUGGCUCGGAUAUGAAACGAGCCAAUGAGAUAGCUUCCAUGGUAGAAACGUUGCCUGGGAGAAAAUCAACUGUGGAGUGUUUCUCAAAGCUGUCCGAGUGUGUCCUGUAGCAUGCCGUUUGGCCCUGGAGACGUGGAAUAAUACGGAGGGGUCAUUACAGGGAGCCUGGCUUGUUGUGAAAAUGCCUCUGAUUUGCCGUUGGCAAGCGUGUGCUGUUUCUGAAACCCAGGGUUGGAGCUGGCUCUGUGCACUCACCGUACUCGGCUGGCAAUUCUAGCAUUGUUAUCACUGGUGCUGGGAAUCGGAUCCAGGACCUUGUACUCACCAGGAAGCGCUCCCCACCGAGCUCGUGUUUUUGCUUUUGUUUUUGUUUUUGCCCUAACAGGGGUCCAGCCCCAUGUCUCAGAAUUCUGUAACAUGCCCUGGGUGUGUUACAGGAGGAGACAGAGGGAAUCAGGAGUUGAUUCUCCUGGGUUGAGCCUCCAGGGUGGUGGCUCCCCGGAGGAGGUCUUUUCCUCUGUUACACGCUGAGCCCUCCAUAUCUGUGUAGCCCCUCCCCGAGCAUGCCGCGCCAGGCCUGUCCAUCAUCCCACCUAGACCCGGUCCUUGUCCUGAAACCGCCCAGUGGCAGGCUAUUCGCGUGCCCUUCAGGCACAGAAGCUAUAGGAAUGGCUUUGGUGGCUUCUUCUAAAUUUAGGGUUUAUUCAGUCAGGAAUUUUUCAAAGCGAUUCAAAUGUUUCAGGUUAUUAACAUCUUUUCUAAAAACCUGGUUUGGUGGUUGGAACUCAGGCGAAUGAACCAAAAACGUAGAAACCUCGGAAGAAGAAGUGUUUUGGGGGUGCUGGGUGUGGGCGGCUCUUGUUUGUUUGAGUGGCUCUGCAUCUGUCACUGGCUACCAGAGUCAUCUCUGCCCCCGGACUUGCUUAUUUUGAAGGUUAUCACAAAGCAAAGAGUCUUGUGGUCUUCAUGGGCACGCAGUUUCUCCUCUGAAGUCUGCAGCAGAAUUUCCCACAGGCCUUUUUCAGCUCUCAGGCAAGACUAAAUAGAAAAUUCCGCACCACACUGAGGUGACUGAACCCAAGGGAGAAAAGAAAGCCAAUGCCUCACCCCUUGUGAUCAUUAGCAGAUAGUCUACAUCCCUGUGAUUACAGAGCAGCAUGGGCGGGUAGGAGGCCUUCCCUCCUGCACAGGGCCUCUCAGCGCUAGCUGCCUUGAAAGAACAGCUAGGAUUCUUCCAAACUCCCUAAGACCCUGGUGCGAACAAGGUCCUGCAGGGCUGACUACUUAAUGAGGCUUAUGGCUUCUACCAAGGAGCUGUGCAUAAUAUCUUGAAAUUUUUACUUCUAGCUACUGGACUAAAAAUGAGCCAAAGAAUUCUAAAGGAUGAGUCAUUGCUCCGUGGGUUGGUCAAGGUGGUUAUUCGUAGGCUGGCUGGCAGGUAGCUGAGUAGGUGGCUUUAUGCUUGUGGCAACUGGACUAUAAUUUGUGCUUCUAUCUAGAAAACUCUUGGGUGUCAAAUGGAGAGGCACCACCAUACCAUUUGCACAUACCAGGCAAGGUGCCAAGGAUAGAAAAAAAAAAACCAAAAAACUGCUGCCUUUUUACUCUUAGAAAAUGUCCGUGGCACAAAGAUUUUCUCUUCUUGCCUGGCACACAGACACUAGGGCUUUGUUAUUUAGUUCUUGAUUGCAUUUACCAAGACCUGUUUUUGCUGACCUGGUUAUGCCAGCACACAUCCUUAGUCCCAGUACUCCGGAAGCAGAGGCAGGCAGAUCUCUGAGUUCAAGGCCAGCCUGGUCAGCAGAUCAAGUUUCAGGACAGCCUGGACAGUACAGAGAGACACUGUCUCGGAAAACCAAACCAAACCAGCCGACCAACCAACCAAACAAACAAAAAAACUCCUUUUAAAAAAAGAGUAAUGGUCAAAAAUGCCUGUUUUUGUCUGUGGUGGAUCCAUCCAUGGGGAUGAUAAACCUUUAUGAGAUCACUAAUGACACCAAAAGCUUGCAGCUAUGGUAGAAGUAGGCUGUUUCAUUUUCUUGGUUUAAAGUCACACUUUUAACUGUACGUUGGCAUCACCCAAAUGCUGCAAAACCCAAGUGUCUGAAUGCCGUCCUUUUACAUUUCAAAAGUGUAAUGUCAGUCAAACCUUUCUUUCAGACUGCAGCUGUUUACGCUAAGACUUUAGAGUACCAAAAACCAAUAUUGCAAACAUAAUUCUUACCAUUGUUCUCAGUUUUCAAUGCAAAGCAUGUUGUAUAGUUAUAAAAACACUUCCAAUAUUUUUCUUUCUUUGAGUUCUUUGUUCUGAAAGGAGAUGAAGUAAACUUAGUACAAAACAUGGCUUCAUAUUAGAGUGGGACAACAGGAUAGAUAAAAUACCUGGAGUCAUAAAUUGCCUCAUAUCAAAAUAGUCCAUUUUCAUCACCAGGGCUCUUCCGAUUAAGGCCAUUGGCAUGCAACUUUAAAAAAACAAGCAAACAAAAAACAACUGCUCAUAAUAUAUAGUCCUGGUGUAAAUACAGGUUUCCAGUCAUUCCUAACUGGAAAUGUCUGCAAACAGAGGUCCAGGAUAUCUCCUCUUUGUCAGGGGCACACAGUAUGUAUUUGAAGUGAGUCUAGAAUUUCUGACUGUGCAUACCCUUUGGGGUUAUUUAGCUGCUGGCCCAUGGUGGGGGCACACUAGUUCAGGUUUCUUCAGAGUUCUAAAUCUAGGGUCACUCUAACCUUACCAGGACAGGUUAGUCCAUGUCUCAGUAAAGUUUGCCACCCAUGAAGCACUCACGGUCCUGUCCAGUGGUUCCCGGGAUACCAUGAGCCUCAGAAACGAACUAGAAAUCACUUAGUAUCUGUGGAGAUAAUGAUCUUAGUCCUGACUGUUCUUAGUGACAACCACAACAAAACAGACAACAAUGGCAGGAAGACUAGGCUGUCCAAGUGUGUUCCAUGACAAUAGUAACUCUUGCUUUACAGCUGUGCUUACAGCUCCUCUGGUGACCCUGUCACUUUCCUGGGAGAAUGCAUAGCAUCUUCUCCCAGGGAACCCAGGUGUCUGUAGAAGGGAGGGGCUGGUUUAGCACUGUGUUUGUGGUCAGGACCUUGGUCUUUGUUCUUAAUAUUCAAUGUUCCUGUUUUGUUUUGGUUGUAUGUAAAUGUACACCUGCGUUAUUUUUGCUGCGCUGCUUAAAAUACUUCUCCGUUUGAGUCUGACUGUAUACUUUGCCUAAGUCUUUCAAAAAUAAAAUUUAUGUAAAUGUCUAUUUUAUAUAAAACAUGCUAAAAUAAGAA